GCCCUGUUUUAGCGUUGUCUUCCCGCAGCCGCGGCGGCGCCAUGUGUGCGUGUGCGUGUGUCUGCGUGUAUGUGUGUCUGUCUGCUUGUUGUGUAUAUGCUUGUGUGCGUAUAUGCGUCUGUCUGAUGUUCUUCUGUAUGCGCGAUUGCUGGUCUGCGCGCCCUCCAGUCCCCUUUACUCUCUCUGCCGCCUGCGUGUCCGUCUCUGUCUUUGCCCAUCUGUGUGUCAACUAGAUGGAGGUCCCCAUCCACGUCUGCGGCAACCUCUCUGCUGCAUGCACAGAUCCGUUGCAGCCUCUAUUCUCCAAGACCGGACGCAAACGGAAACAGAUGGAGGCUUGGGUGUGGCUUCUGCCAUCAGCUCCGUCUGGGGCAAGUGCAAGAGUCGACCGGGAUCAUGGAAUUUCUAUUCUGAAAUGCUGAUUGAAGGAAUGUUGGAGAUGGCGUACGCUUCUGCAUCCUCAUGAAGGGACCAGGUUAGUAAAUCUGAACUGACGGAUGCCCUGUUGCCAAAGAAAAGGUGCGAGGAGUCGAGGACGGCUGGGGCUGGACUGGGCCGUAUGGAGAGCCUCCAAGGGCGU